AUGGACCCAGACAACCUGCCAGUCAUCAACAACUACCUGGAUGCCAAUGAUCCAGUGUCAUCAGAAGCCCGUCCAAGUCGUAUGCACUUCUAUGACAGCCAGAGGAAGGUCGACUAUGUGCUUGCCUACCACUUCCGGAAGCGUGGGGCACACCCCAGCCAGGGCUCUCCUGGACACUCUCUGGCUAUCGUCUCCAAUGGAGAGACGGGCAAGGAACCCCAUGCUGGUGACAUUGAGCUGGGGCCGCUCGACGCCCUGGAGGAGGAGAGGAAGGAACAACGUGAGGAGUUUGAGCACAACCUCAUGGAGGCUGGGUUGGAGAUUGAGAAGGAUGUUGAGAGUAAAAGCCAGGGAUCCAUCUUUGUCCGGAUACACGCCCCGUGGCAGGUGCUGACCAGAGAGGCAGAAUUCUUGAAGAUCAAAGUUCCUACCAAGAAAAUGUAUGAGAUCAAAGCAGAAGGCAGCAUUGCAAUGAAGUUCAACGAGAUUCUCCAGAAGCUGAGCUCACCCUUGCAGCCCAAAGUCCCAAAUCAAAGCAACAACAAGAUGAAAAACCUCUCUUACCCUUUCUCCAGGGAGAAAAUAUAUCUGUACAACAUCCAUGAUAAGGAUACCUUCUUUGAUAAUGCCACUCGUAGCCGCAUUGUGCACGAGAUUCUGAAGCGAACGACCUGUUCCCGAGCCAACACAAUGGGUAUUAACUCUCUGAUAGCAAAUAAUAUAUAUGAAGCUGCCUAUCCUCUUCAUGAUGGUGAAUAUGAUAGUCCAGGGGAUGACAUGAAUGAUAGAAAGUUGCUGUACCAAGAGUGGGCACGUUAUGGAGUGUUUUAUAAGUUUCAACCUAUUGACCUCAUCAGAAAGUAUUUUGGAGAAAAAAUUGGACUGUAUUUUGCCUGGCUGGGAUUAUAUACAUCAUUUCUUAUUCCGUCCUCUGUAAUUGGGGUGAUUGUGUUUCUUUAUGGAUGUGCAACAAUUGAAGAAGAUAUUCCCAGCAAAGAGAUGUGUGACCAGCAGAAUGCUUUCACCAUGUGUCCCCUGUGUGACAAAUCCUGUGACUACUGGAACCUCAGCUCAGCCUGUGGGACAGCACGGGCCAGCCACCUGUUUGACAAUCCAGCCACAGUCUUCUUCUCCAUCUUCAUGGCUCUGUGGGCUACCAUGUUUCUGGAGAAUUGGAAGAGAUUACAGAUGCGACUGGGCUACUUCUGGGACCUGACGGGUAUAGAAGAGGAAGAAGAGCGUGCCAAGGAGCACUCCAGGCCUGAAUAUGAAACCAGGGUUCGAGAGAAAAUGCUAAAUCAAAGUGACAAGUCAGUUGUCCAGAAGUUGGAAACAGACAGGACGGAGAGUGAUGAUGAGGAUGAUGAAGAUAAGCUGGACUGGAAAGAUCGUUUCCCAGGCUACUUGAUGAACUUUGCCUCCAUCUUGUUCAUGAUUGCCCUGACCUUCUCGAUUGUCUUUGGGGUGAUUGUAUACCGGAUCACAACUAAAGCUGCUCUGUCUCUCAACAAGGCCACUCGCUCUAAUGUCCGAGUGACCGUGACAGCAACGGCAGUCAUCAUCAACCUUGUCGUCAUUCUCAUCCUGGACGAGAUCUAUGGAGCUGUAGCCAAGUGGCUCACCAAAAUUGAGGUUCCCAAAACGGAACAGACUUUUGAAGAACGCUUGAUACUCAAAGCUUUUUUGUUGAAGUUUGUCAACGCCUAUUCUCCCAUCUUCUAUGUGGCCUUUUUCAAGGGGAGGUUUGUAGGCAGGCCUGGAAGCUAUGUCUAUGUGUUUGACGGCUACCGAAUGGAAGAGUGUGCUCCAGGGGGCUGCCUAAUGGAGCUCUGCAUUCAGCUCAGCAUCAUUAUGUUGGGGAAGCAGCUGAUCCAGAACAACAUCUUUGAGAUUGGAGUCCCGAAACUAAAGAAACUCUUUCGGAAGCUGAAAGAUGAAACUGAGCCUAGAGAAACUGACUCUGCCCACUCAAAACAUCCAGAGCAGUGGGACCUAGACUACAGCUUGGAACCAUAUACUGGACUCACCCCUGAGUACAUGGAAAUGAUCAUCCAGUUUGGCUUUGUCACCCUCUUUGUGGCCUCCUUUCCUCUGGCUCCCGUGUUUGCCCUCCUCAACAAUGUCAUCGAAGUUCGGCUUGAUGCAAAGAAAUUUGUUACUGAACUAAGAAGGCCAGAUGCUGUGAGAACCAAAGAUAUCGGAAUUUGGUUUGACAUUCUUUCUGGAAUUGGCAAGUUCUCCGUUAUCAUCAAUGCUUUUGUCAUCGCAGUCACCUCCGACUUCAUCCCUCGCCUUGUGUACCAGUACUCCUAUAGUCACAAUGGAACUCUGCAUGGCUUUGUAAAUCACACCCUCUCCUUCUUCAACGUCAGCCAACUGAAGGAAGGAACGCAGCCAGAAAACUCACAGUUUGGCCAGGAUGUCCAAUUCUGCAGGUUUAAAGAUUACCGAGAGCCGCCAUGGGCCCCAAACCCGUAUGAAUUUUCCAAACAGUACUGGUCCGUUCUGUCUGCCCGGCUGGCUUUUGUUAUAAUCUUCCAGAACCUUGUGAUGUUCCUGAGCGUUCUUGUGGACUGGAUGAUCCCAGAUAUCCCCAAGGACAUCAGUGACCAGAUCAAGAAAGAGAAGAGCUUGUUGGUGGACUUCUUCCUGAAGGAGGAGCAUGAGAAGCUGAAGCUAAUGGAUGAGCCAGCCCCACAGAGCCAGGGUGGGGAGAAUCUGAGCAGGCGGAGCCACACAGCCAGUGUAGUCCCCUCAGGCCACAGCCAGCCGGGCAGCGCACUGUCAGGUGGCUCCCAACAUACCAACGUGUGA